AUGGCGGGCCUGAGCCUGCAGGGCGCGCAGGCGGCGGCGGGCUCGAGCGGGGGCGGUGCUUUGGCGGCUGCGGCGCCCGGCGGAGAGCAGCCGCAGCAGCAGCAGCAGCAGCAGCAGCAGCAGCAGCCUGUCAAGCGGCGGAAGCUGUCUGACUAUCAGCUGGAGCCGGACCUCGCCAGGGAGGUGGACGCCGCCCUCGCGGCGGAGCUGUCCGGCGCCGAGGGCCACCGCAGCAGCCUGCACCUGGUGGUGGCAGGCCACGUGGACGCGGGCAAGAGCACGCUGAUGGGGCGGCUGCUGCACGACCUGGGGCGGGUCAGCCAGAAGGAGGCGCACAGGAACCUGCGGGAGGCGACGCAGGCGGGGAAGGCGUCGUUCUCGUGGGCGUGGGUGCUUGACGAGCGGCCCGAGGAGCGCGCGCGCGGCGUCACGGUGGACGUGGCCAUGGCGCGGUUUGCGACGCCGCGGUACAACGUGACGCUGCUUGACGCACCCGGGCACAGGUCGGGGGGGCGGUGGCGGUUGGGGCCGGGGGCGCUGGGGCGGCGCGCGGAGGGGGCCGGAAGGUGGUGGGGGUGCAGCUGCUUGUGA